AUGGUUGCCGACCUCACACUGCAAACUCCCAUUGUUGCGCCAAACCCAUUGCGAGUUCCUGUGAUGCUCGCACCCGUUGUCCUCGUGGUGCCGCAAGUCCUCGACUAUCCGGUGAAACGCGUCUUGGCGGACAUGGACAUCAGCAUCGGCCGGCACCUCCUCAUGUACCGCCCGGAUUGCCACUUCCUCAAGCCUGUCCUCGUGCCAAAGUGGGCACUGGCAUGA